UUGUUCACUUCACUUCAGAUCCGAUCAGAGCUGCUGCUGCUCCUCAGUGUUUCUCUGUCUGUGUGCAGGAAAAACUUUGAAUAGAAAAAUGACUCUGACCCGCUCCAAGAGACUGGCAGUUCAGCCUCCUCCGUCCACCAGGAUGAGUCUGAGGAGCUUCCGCAGCGUCCCACUGGUUCCCAUGGAGUCCUCCUCCUCUUGCUCCGAUGACAGCUGCGAUAGCUUCGGCUCAGAUGGAGGCUUUGCAAAUACGAGAAACAGCUUGAGACCGACGAGGAGGACGGCACAGAAACCAGAGGUGGAAACGUCAGAGGAGGAGAUUUGCAGUGCGUUUGAGGAGACUGGCAUCAGCAGGCGCAUGAAAUCCAUGAAUGUGAACUCUGAAGCUCCGAGACGAGGCCGCAGGUCCAACGUGCUGAAGGUUGCCAUGACCUUUCCCAGCAAGAAGGCUCAGGGAAAGAAGAGGCCUGCGUCCGAACCGCUCCCUCAACCCAAAGUAGAGGACUCCGACUCGGAGGAGGAGACGGACUUCAUGGACAAGAGAGCCCUGAAUAUAAAGGAGAACAAGGAAAUGCUGGCAAAGCUCAUGGCCGAGCUGAACAAAGUGCCCGGACUCUUCCCGCCACGAACGCCAUCGUCUGCUUCCUCCACGCCCAGACAGGCGGCCCGGCGACCGACCCCGAGAACCCUGAGGAGAAACCCGGAGCGUCUGUCCCGGCCCCACACACGGUCCCGCACGGCGGUGGACGGACCUCCCAGCCCGACCUCCGAGGAGGAGGCCGACGACAAGUUCAGCCUGGUUCGCAAAAGUCGCUACUUCGAGGAAUAUGAAGAGCCGCCCCGUCGCCGUGUCUGCAACGGCAUGAAGUCCAUUCCCCACGUGGUGCGGCCCGUGGAGGACGUCACGGAGAUGGAGCUGCAGGGGAUCUGCUUCAAUGUGCGAGAGAAAGUCUACAACAGCUGCACUGGCUCCACCUGCCACCAGUGCCGCCAGAAAACCACCGACACCAAAACGAAUUGCCGUAAUCCAGAGUGCCAGGGCGUGAGGGGCCAGUUCUGCGGCCCCUGUCUUCGUAACCGCUACGGAGAGGAGGUCCGAGACGCCCUGCUGGAUCCGGAGUGGCUGUGCCCGCCGUGCAGGGGGAUCUGUAACUGCAGCUUCUGUCGAGCCCGAGAAGGCCGCUGUGCCACAGGAGUGCUGGUCUACCUGGCGAAAUACCACGGCCACGAUAACGUGCACGCUUAUCUGAAGAGCUUGAGGAAGGAGCUGGAGGAGAGCAGCGAGUGAAGCUCAGGGGAAAAAAAAACUGCUGCUGGACCAAACUGUCACCGUCUGUGACCACUUUGACAAACACAUAGUUUAACUACUGUUCGGUUUUUCCAUAGCUAAACAUUACUUUUGGGUUGUGUUGAGAGCUAAAACUUCCAUAGACUGUAUAAUAAGAUGGACGUCAUGACUGAACUAAAAGAUGCUUUCUGUAAUUUCAGUCAUCAUCACUAAAGGCCGAAUUAUAGUCGGGUUGCACGCACGCACGCAUGGACGCAAGACACGCAACACGCCCCUUUCGUGCCCUCUGCGGGCUUGCGUGCGUCGGCCAAUUUUUCUAACUACACGACAAAACGACGCGAGCAUCACGCAGCCCGCAAGGCUUGUGAUUGGUCUGCUUACUACAUCCCGUCCGGAGUCUAGUUUCCGGUUUCAUGCCCCACAAUACGCGGAAAUCACGGAAGAUUUAGAAGAACCAAUAUGGACCAAAUAGAAGAACACUUGGCAGAAGAGAUCCGAAAGUAUGACCACUUGUAUAACCCGUCACUGACUGGCCGAUUUGUCCGUCCAGAAAUAGGCUAUGAGGAGCCGGAGUGCCGAUGUAAAUAAACAGUCGACGAAGAAGAAGACGUCUCUUCUUUGUGUGUUUUGUUUUUUGAAAAAAACGUUACUCCGCCUAGUGUUCUGGCGGUGAAUUGCGUUGCAACACGCGCAGCACGUUAGAGAAGCAUAAACCAAAACGAGUCCGUCGAUGCAGCUGCGUGGCCUUCCGCGGUUGCAGUCGCAGGACUAUAAUUCAGCCUUUAGAUGAAUGUAGGAAUGUUAAUUUUCGGCCAAGUUUAGUUUUAAUUUCCUUUUUUUGAUUACCCACGUUUAUCAAAAUGAGGGUGAAACGUCAUGAUUGACAGAUAAAACUAACUCAAGACGGGUUGAGCACAUGUGUUGACAGGAGCUCGUCGUGGUGGCGUUGGUAACAGGGUUAUUUUACCCUCAUUUCUGGAUAGAGGGAGGAAGUGAAGUUUUGUCGUCCAACUUUAUGUACAGUCUUCACUAGCUCUAUUUCUAAGGCUUUCGUUUUUAACUGACAUCUGAAGGAGGCGUUCCCCGUUCUCUCCAUUUCAAACCUUCCUCACAUUGUCCUCUGUUGUCAAAAGCUGAUCUCUUACAUUAAAGCUGCUUUCAGACAUGCACCUCCUCCUCUGUGUUUUCAGCGGAGGAGGUGCAUGUGCGAACGCAGACGUCUGAGUGAGAGGCUCGGCCGUUUAGACUUUCUCCGCCUCGCCCUGAAGCAGGAACAUUUCUUAACCCCAAAUUGUUGACUGGGGUCGCACAUGUUUGACGAUGACUACAGUGUUCUGUGAUGUACAUAUUCCCUUUCCCCUGAACACGUUGGGGGAGGAAAAACUACAGUUUUAUACCCGAAUCGUCCAACUUGCGAAUACACGGCCGUCUUGUUCGAGUGAUCUACUGUAUUUGACAUUGUUUUAAAUGUAAAUGUGUUCUCAGCCCUGCAAAUGAAUAUGCUUCCAAUGGAUCCAUCUUUGUGCCUUUUCGCUAAUCGGCUUGUGUUUUCUACAAGUCUUUAAUCCUUUUUGUAAAAGUGUAAAUGUACGAGGGGUAAAAAAAAAAAAUUGGGGUCGGAACAUCCUGAAGAAAUGACCCAAUGAUCCGCGGGCCACUGAGGUGCUGCAGGUGUAAAGGGCACAGCCCGGGCUCCACUGCCUCUUCCUUCCAAAACCAGGAGCAACUGUGUGAUGUACUACAGCGCCUGGUUAAAUAUCCUUCAUUAGAUAACUGUCACUAAUGGUGUGGAAACAAUUAGCACGCACCCUAAUGGGAAUCUCAUACCUGUAAAUCAUUUGAUCCUGUUUAAAGCGCGUCCUCGCUCUGCUUCAGUCUCUUUGGCUCAUUUUCUGCCUUCCACUGCUCAGUAGGGACGGUUGAUGGUGGCAAUGGAGUUAUGGCCCACGUUCUCUGUUCGUAAGUGCAAUUCUCCACUCGAAAUGACUCGGAAUUAACCUCUGGGUCUUCUCAUCUUUUUGAAAACGUGCUCCCUCUGUGUGGAGCCUGCAGCUGGACAUGCUCUGAUCAGUGGCCGAGGUUUCUUCUUCACUGUAUCAACGCGUCCUGCUCGUGUUCAUGAGGCGCCGCGUCUCCCAACAGGAAGAGUGAUGCUCGGCUAUCGAUGGGGAGAUCUGUCACCGCGAUGCUUGCUCUGUGCUUACUGGGUUAACUGUACAUUUUCAUUAAAGCGUUAAUCACUGCACAA